CUGUGUGAAUACUGUCGUGUGAGUUGAUCACAACAUUGACUGCUGCGCUCUCGAAGGGUGCUCCUUUGUACACAAACGAGAUCCGGGAGCUGCCUGUUCUAUUCCACAAACGCUCAGAGGAAAACGGUGAGGCAGAAAGCGGUGGGCGGAAAGAGAAUUCAGGUUGUUGAAGACCCUAGGGAACUUUCACUCUUCACUUGAAAGGAAAUAACACUGAAGAUUAAAGUCAAAGAAAUUCCGUUUCCAUAGAUUAGUAGAUGGCGUCAGUGAAUGACUCUCGCCUUCAGCAGCAGCCUGCCCAGAAGGAUGCGGCUGACCAGAACUUUGACUACAUGUUCAAGCUGCUGAUCAUUGGCAACAGCAGUGUGGGGAAGACCAGCUUCCUGUUCCGCUAUGCUGAUGACUCCUUCACCCCAGCCUUUGUCUCCACCGUGGGCAUAGACUUCAAGGUCAAGACCGUCUUCCGCAAUGAGAAAAGGAUAAAGCUACAGAUAUGGGACACAGCAGGACAGGAGCGCUACCGUACCAUCACCACAGCCUACUACAGAGGAGCCAUGGGCUUCCUGCUCAUGUAUGACAUCACCAACCAGGACUCCUUCAACGCUGUGCAGGACUGGGCAACUCAGAUUAAGACAUACUCUUGGGACAACGCACAGGUGAUCCUGGUGGGAAACAAAUGUGAACUGGAGGAUGACAGGCUAGUCCCCACAGAGGAUAGCCAGAGACUGGCCAAAGAUCUUGGGUACCAGUUCUUUGAGGCCAGCGCCAAGGACAACAUCAACGUGAAGCAGGUGUUUGAGCGGCUGGUAGACGUCAUCUGUGAGAAGAUGAACGAGAGCAUGGGCGGAGAUGCCAACCUGUUGUCCAAUCACAGGAGCACCAGUCUACAGGACUCUCCUCCAGAGAACCAUGGGGGCUGUGGCUGCUAAAUCCCACCUCAUUUCUCCUCACAGCCCCACACCAAACCCCGUCACUGUGCCUGAAGUAUAGAGAGUACACCUCAUAAACUACACCCCAAUCUCACACCCCCUAACACAGCAUAUACAGUGAAAACCAUAAAGCAGGUAGCUGAGAUAACCAUCGGUCCCCUCCCCUCGGUCCAUCCAGUGUUAUCCCACAUAUCCCCUGUUCUAGUUUCUGUAUUCCCUGAAAAGGCCCCAUCUCUCUUGUGUACUGCCCCCCCCCCCCCCCCGCCCCGCCCCAGCCUCUACCACAUGGCAUCCCCUCUGCUCCCCUCUGCUCUUCUGGCACAAAAUAAAUGUAAGUACUGUAUUUAUUGUGAGAAACCUUUUUAAUGGCUUUAUUUUUAAAACAAAGGUAGUUCAAAUCAGCUUAAAGAAGUGCCAAUGUGAAGAAGAUUUGUCAUAAUGAAAUAGUUUCCAGUAGUCAUUAUUUUAGGUCAUUGUUGUGUUCAGAGUUUAAUCAAUGAAAAUAUAAUAGUUCAAGACUCAAACAGAGCAGAAGGUGCUUUUGUUUUGGAUGCCCCCUGGCGAGAUGCUCUGCUUUGAAUGUAUUCAUUGGACUUAACUUCUCCGAAUCCAAAACCGGACAGAAAACAACACCCCAAAACCUGAUAAAAAAAAUAAAACAAAAAAAACGUUUUCUGUCAUAUCCUUGAUCAAAAUCUAAAUGUAACUGUUAUUAAUGAAGAUGACAUCAUCCAGACAAUCACAAAACUGAGUUAUUCUGCUGCUUUGGCCUUUUGCUUCCUUAUUCCCUGACCUCCAUGCUUUACUCUGUGACACUGAAGAUGCUAUUUUGCCAUGUCCUCAGAAUAAUUGUGCACUACUAUUCUUGAGACUUUCUUAACCACUACUGCUUAUGGGAAAGAGAAGGUGAAAAAGUAUGAGAUUGUUCCAAACAAUGUUAGAGCAAUGUUGUGCUCCAGGAUAUUUGUCUGGGAGGAAGUCGUAUAACACUAGUGACACUGACACGCGUCAUGUGAUCUGCUCUGGCAUGUCCUCACUCACCCCUCUGUGCCUCCCCUUCCUACUCAUUGUUCUUACAAUUUCCAACCUGAUUGCACAAGGCUUCAACAGUGUCCUGUAAUCUGGAUGUGCCAGUGUAAACUGCCUGCAUUACUUGCAUGAUGUUACUGUACUGUUCUUGCAUCUAAGUUACUGUCUAUAAAGUAGCCUAAUUAAAGCGUGGUGAUUGGCCAAGCAUGACACCCAUGUUAAUUCAUUUUCCAAAUCAUAUGCUUAAAAGACAAAUGGUGCACCUAAAGCAUGUACAGUACAUUCCAUUGUACUGCUUGGAUGGCUUCAGUAGAAAAAAUAUGCAUCUCUCCAACUGGACUGGAGAGACAUGCAUCUCACUGUUCAUUGGUCCUCUGUUACUCACAGACACUGCCAUUUCCCCAUCACUAGCCUCACACUGUUCAUUGGUCCUCUGUUACUCACAGACACUGCCAUUUCCCCAUCACUAGCCUCACACUGUUUAUUGGUCCUCUGUUACUCACAGACACUGCCAUUUCCCCAUCACUAUCCCCACACUGUUCAUUGGUCCUCUGUUACUCACAGACACUGCCAUUUCCCCAUCACUAUCCCAACACUGUUCACUGGUCCUCUGUUACUCACAGACACUGCCAUUUCCCCAUCACUAGCCUCACACUGUUCAUUGGUCCUCUGUUACUCACAGACACUGCCAUUUCCCCAUCACUAGCCUCACACUGUUCAUUGGUCCUCUGUUACUCACAGACACUGCCAUUUCCCCAUCACUAGCCUCACACUGUUCAUUGGUCCUCUGUUACUCACAGACACUGCCAUUUCCCCAUCACUAUCCCCACACUGUUCAUUGGUCCUCUGUUACUCACAGACACUGCCAUUUCCCCAUCACUAUCCCCACACUGUUCACUGGUCCUCUGUUACUCACAGACACUGCCAUUUCCCCAUCACUAGCCCCACACUGUUCUCCGGCCAUCAGUUACUCACAGACACUGCCAUUUCCCCAUCACUAUCCCCACACUGUUCAUUGGUCCUCUGUUACUCACAGACACUGCCAUUUCCCCAUCACUAGCCCCACACUGUUCAUUGGUCCUCUGUUACUCACAGACACUGCCAUUUCCCCAUCACUAGCCUCACACUGUUCAUUGGUCCUCUGUUACUCACAGACACUGCCAUUUCCCCAUCACUAUCCCCACACUGUUCAUUGGUCCUCUGUUACUCACAGACACUGCCAUUUCCCCAUCACUAGCCCCACACUGUUCUCCGGCCAUCAGUUACUCACAGACACUGCCAUUUCCCCAUCACUAGCCCCACACUGUUCUCCGGCCCUCUGUUACUCACAGACACUGCCAUUUCCCCAUCACUAGCCCCACACUGUUCAUUGGUCCUCUGUUACUCACAGACACUGCCAUUUCCCCAUCACUAGCCCCACACUGUUCAUUGGUCCUCUGUUACUCACAGACACUGCCAUUUCCCCAUCACUAGCCCCACACUGUUCAUUGGUCCUCUGUUACUCACAGACACUGCCAUUUCCCCAUCACUAGCCCCACACUGUUCUCCGGCCCUCUGUUACUCACAGACACUGCCAUUUCCCCAUCACUAGCCCCACACUGUUCAUUGGUCCUCUGUUACUCACAGACACUGCCAUUUCCCAUUCACUAGCCCCACACUGUUCACUGGUCCUCUGUUACUCACAGACACUGCCAUUUCCCUAUCACUAGCCCCACACUGUUCACUGGCCAUCAGUUAGGGACAGGCACGGUCUCGGCGUGAUAGCAGCCUUAUGUUUUUACGCCAAAACACUGCUAAAGCUGAGGGGUUGGGUCAAAGCCCGCCAAAAGUAUUCAUAAGCAAUGGGAGAGAG